AUCCUCGUGUCCAUCUCUGGCGGGAAAUUGCUGUGACGUGGAGUCUCGUCCAUGUAGGCUAAUAGUCUCUUGUUUUUCUUGAUAUUUUUCACUUGUCAAUAUAGCAGUACAUAUCAGGUUCCGACUACUUCAUUGAUAAUGUCAACACCGAGACCGCGUGGCCGCCCCCGGUUGUCGGGGAGCUCUGAGGUAGAUUCCACGCCAGGAGACACAACUAUUACAAGAAUCCAACGACUUCCCAUUCAUAAUAGAUACCCGCUCACACCGAGCCGGCUCACAACAACAACACCCUCUGGGAACCGUUCAGCAAGCCGGUAUACACCGCGAGCUAGGGGUGCUGGCGCGCCUUCAACGCCCUAUGGUCUUCGUGCUAUGCAGCGCCGCGCAGCAAAUACUCCAGGUCGCGACCGGAGGAAGAGCUUCCGAAUGCAAAGAGAAACCACUUUUGAUAUCUUGAGAAAUCUCGGCAGAGCUUUGGCUCCUACGUCUGAGGCGAUUCGCUCAUCGCCUAAGGAAGAACCCGAACCCGAACCUAUUGAAGAGGAAAUCGACGAGAUUGAUGAAUUAGAUCGGGAACCAGCCAUCGAGAGACCGAGACUCUCUCUGCCAAUCGACGAAAGUCCGGAAGAAGAGGAAGGGGGAAGCCCAGAAAUGCGUCCUCCUCGACUCUCGCUCGCUUUUGAUGAGGAAGACAUCACUGUCGAAUACCCACGCAGGGCUACCAUGGAUCAAGAUAGAGGCCGGCUCUCCAUGAUGAGCUAUGGGGGUACAAGACUUAGUGAAAACUUUGGUGACCUGACACAAGUGGAGUCCGAAUCGGAAGGCGGUGCUUCUCCAGGAAUACAAGAAGGGGCCGAUGACACUUUGAUCAGCCAGGGUGCUUUCGACAGGGGCGGAGAAACCGAGGACCUAGGGAGAUUUAAUAUUGACUUUAAUUUCCCGUCUCCUGUGGCACCAGCCAUCGGCGACGAUGUGGGCGAGCCGCUCAACGAUGACGGGUUUGAGUUGGAUGCAGUGGACAUUAAUGAGGGCGCCUUGGAUAUGCAAGCAGACGCUGGAUCGGUCUCUUCCGCAGACGAUGCUACGGGUGGCUUUGGCCUGGACCUCAAUCUUCCGCCACGAAUCUCUCUCAGCCAGAGUCCAGGGUUGGUUGGAGGCGGUUUGCGUGAUGAACAGUCCGAACCUGGGAAAAAGCAGAAGAAGCUGUCUCGGCAUGGCAUUCCUGUUCCAAAUUUGCCUUCCGGGGUUGUUCGAAAGCUGGCCAUGCGCUUCGCGCGCGCAAGAGUUGGCACAAAGGCAAAGAUCAGCAAAACAACCCUAGCAGCGGUCGAGCAAGCGUCCUCGUGGUUCUUUGAACAAGCCAGUGAGGAUCUAGCGGCAUACUCCAAGCAUGCAGGACGAAAGACAAUCGACGAGAGUGACGUCGCAACUCUAAUGAGAAGACAACGUCAUACCAAUAGCUCGACCACAAUAUUCUCACUGGCUCAAAAACAUUUGCCGAAGGAACUCCUACAAGACAUGCGGCUUGCCAUGCCUCCCUGAAAGACUUAAACAUGGUACAGGAUGCAAUGAACGUCAACCUUACGAGACGCAAAGAUGAUCUUGUGCGAAUUUCACCAGCUUUUAUUCUGGCGGACCCGUCGAAUGGCUUCAUUCGGUCGCUUCCUGAUGAUCAUCCACAGCAUGAUGGAGGUUGCAAAGGAAAGUCCAAACCUGGAGAGCGUCAGCGACAUGCCGAGGAUGAGAGAGAGGAACCCGGAGCCUCCCAAUGUCGUAAAAAUUCAGUCAGUCCAUUGCGACGGAAGACAUACCAGGUGAAAAUGUAUUGAGUGUGGUUAUUUUUGAGAUUGACCUCGGGAGCCCGGCCGAUGGGAAUGCCCUUCGCCUCCCGGUCAUACGCCUCAAGCAAGUCCGGCAC